ACCUCAUUUUAACCUUAAACUUCGAGGUUUCCAAAACGACACGUUUUUGAAGUUUUUCUAACAUAAACGUUGCUUUCAAUCAUGAUUAUCAUUACGAAUCCAAAAAAUCCGGCCGUUUUAAAAAUCUUAAUAGCAGGAAAAUGUGCCGGAAAGGAUAUAGAAGUAAAAAUAAUGAAUUCCCAAGAUUCCUUAGUAGGGACGAGAUUACUACCUUAUUUAAAGUUAGACGGUUUGGAAUGCAUUUUCCUCCCAAAUCCAGCGGGCAAGUAUUUAUUUCCAAUUAAAAAAGAUGAUGCAAAAUUGGAAGAGUGGUUAUCAUGGGAAUCGAGUACAUUAACACCGUUAUUAGCUCAAUUUAGUAGUAUAAUUAAAAAUGAGAAGAAAAAGGGAUUACUUGUAAAUUAUUUAAAGUACUUAAAUGAUAAUUUAACGCAGAAAUACUUAUGUGGUGAAGAUUUAUUAUUUUGCGAUAUAUCUAUUUGGUCGGUUCUUUAUCCACUUUUUAAAGACCAAAGUUUAUCAGGAGAAUACUUUGGAGAAUUUAAGAAUUUAUUGAAUUGGUUCAAAGAAAUCGAACAAGAAUCUUUUGUUAAAUCUAUUUUAGAAAAAUACACCAUUAAUCCUGCAAUAGAGGCUUAUAAUGCACUUGGAGAAGGUGCUAGAUACAUUACGAAUAAUUUACCAGAGUUAUCGACCCAAUCUUCUUUGGAAAAUGAUGAUGUUGCAUCCAAACAAGAAUUAGAUAAUGCUAAAAAGUCAUUUUUAGAAGGAACAGUUCGUUUUGUUGAACCAAGAAAUGAUAAAAAUCCUAUUUUACCAAUUCCUGGUGAAAAAAACAUUUUAAUCACCUCUGCUUUACCUUAUGUUAACAACGUACCACAUUUAGGAAAUAUAAUUGGUUGUGUUUUGUCUGCUGAUGUUUUUGCCAGAUUUUGCCGCCUAUGCAACUAUAACACUCUUUAUAUUUGUGGAACGGAUGAAUAUGGAACAGCAACCGAAACCAAAGCAUUAGAGGAAGGUUUAACACCUCAGCAAAUUUGCGAUAAAUACUUUGAAAUCCAUAAUUCGGUUUAUCGCUGGUUUAACAUUGGAUUUGAUUAUUUUGGAAGAACUACAACUCCAGAACAAACAGAAAUCGUUCAAGAUUUAUUCCACGCUGUAAACAAAAACGGAUUUGUUCUAACACAAUCGGUCGAUCAGCUUCUUUGCGAAAAAUGUAAUCGUUAUUUAGCUGAUCGUUUUGUAGAGGGCGGUUGUCCUCAUCCGGGUUGUAACUACGAGGAUGCGCGAGGCGAUCAAUGUGACGGUUGUGGAAAAUUAAUUAAUGCGGUUGAAUUGAAGAAUCCGCGAUGUAAAGUUUGUAAAGGAACUCCCGUUUUAAGGAGUUCUAAUCAGUUCUUUUUGGAUCUUCCUAAAUUAGAACCUUUAUUGUUACAUUGGAUAGAAAAAUCUUCAUCAGGUUGGUCUAAUAAUGCUCGGGUUAUCGCGAAAUCUUGGAUGAAAGAAGGCUUAAAACCUAGAUGUAUUACGAGAGAUUUAAAAUGGGGUGUUCCUGUACCCAUCGAUGGAUUUAGAGAUAAAGUUUUUUAUGUUUGGUUUGAUGCACCAAUUGGCUAUAUCUCAAUGACACAACGUUAUUGUAAAGAUUAUGAAAAAUGGUGGAGACCAAACAGUGAUACUAAAGUCACUUUAUAUCAAUUUAUGGGAAAAGAUAACGUUCCUUUUCAUUCUGUUAUGUUUCCUGGAAUGUUAUUGGGAGCAAACAGAAAUUUUGAACUUGUUUCUCAUAUAAUGGCAACAGAAUAUGUUAAUUACGAAGAUGGUAAAUUUUCAAAAUCACGUGGUGUUGGGGUAUUUGGUACAGACGCUCAACAAACCGGCAUUUCAAGCGAUGUAUGGAGAUUUUACCUUCUUUACAUUCGUCCAGAAGGUCAAGAUUCCAAUUUUAGUUGGGUUGAUUUAGCUACAAAGUGUAACAGCGAACUUUUAAAUAAUUUUGGAAACUUUGUUAAUAGGGCUUUAGUUUUUACUGAGAAAUUCUUUAAAUCGUCCAUUCCUAAUUUAAAACCUACAGACGACGAUUUUAAUCUUUUAGCUUUAUGUAACCGUGAAAUUAAAGGUUAUAUCUCAGCUUUGAAUCAAGGUAGAUUAAGAGAUGGGAUUCGCUAUAUAUUAAAUAUCUCGAGACAUGGUAAUCAAUAUUUGCAAUCAAAACAACCUUGGGUUUUAUUAAAAGGAACUGAUGAACAAAAAGAACAAGCUGGAACUGUUAUUGGGUUAUGCUGUAAUAUAACGUUAAUGUUAACCAGUUUAUUAUUCCCUUAUAUGCCUGAUACAAGCAGAACGAUUUUGAAACAAUUAAACGCUGAAAAUUUACAACCAAUGAUUAAUCCAAACAAACCGGAAAUCGUUGUUUAUUUAAAACCGGGUCAUAAAAUUGGAAAACCAGUUCCACUUUUUACCAAAUUAGAAUCCGAAAAAAUCGAUGAGUUAAAACUUAAAUUUGCCGGUAAACAACAAAGCCCACAAAAAGAAAUUAUAAAUAAUGAUGUGGCCAAAAAGGUGGAAAAUAAUAAUUCAGGGCUUCAACUUUCUAAUGAGGAAUCCAUUAAAGAAUUGACUCAAAAGAUUGAAACACAAGGUGCUUUGGUAAGAAAACUAAAAGAAUCUGGGGCUCCAAAAGCAGAUUGGCAACCUCAAGUUGAAAUUUUGUUAAAACUAAAGGGACAAUUAUCUGUCAUGACUGGAACACCACCAGCUGCUCCAGGAAAAGGAAAAAAGGGGAAAAAAUAAGAGAAAAUCGUUUUAAUUAAUUUAUAAAUGUACAAAAAUAUUUAUUACU